AUGGCUGAUAAAGCAAUAUCGAGUCUGGCCGAGUCGGGGGCGCCGCCGCGAAAGAAGUAUCGAUUAGUGUAUAAGGGGAACGAGACUAGUUUGAGUAGUAAUGGCGGGACCGUGACGGCUGAGCAAAUGGAGGAGUUCGAAAAGAAGUAUCCCAACAUUGCUGUGUGGGUGAAGGAUGCACCAAUUUCAACACCACCGUCUCAAACAAAUCCGGGCAAACCAAACGGGCGUUUACAAGAUGGCGUAUUGAACUCACCGCAGCCUCGAUCGAGCCGGGGAGGAGCUAAGAAGUGGCAGCAGUUGGCGAAACAACUUGUUAGAGAAAUCCACAAUUUCGAUGACACCAGAAUAUUCCUCAAGCCUGUUGAUCCGGUCAGAGAUGAAUGCUCUGAUUACUUUACCGUCGUGAAGCAUCCGAUGGACUUCGGAACUAUCCGUAAAAAGCUACAUAAAGGAGAGUAUGAGGAUGCGUUGGGGUUUUAUGAGGACUGUGACUUGGUGUUCACCAAUUGUGCAUUGUACAAUGCACCGGAGACUUUUGUUAUGCAGCAGUGCAGGAAGAUCAUGGCACGAUUUAACGAGCUCUUGGUGCAAUUGGAGCUGACGGGUCAUAUUGAGGCGGCUCGGGCAGAACGGAAGAAGGAAGUGGGGGAGAGCAAAGAAGAGGAGGACGCACAUGGUGAAACUACGGUUAACGACGUGGCAGGUGCAGCCAGUACGGAAGCUGCGGUAUAG